AUGAUUUGGCUGUCCGUCUCUGCUCUAGUAUGGGCAGCUCUGGCGUUUGCUCCCUCCUCUGGGGCAGCAGACGGGGGAGGGCAUCGCGGCAACACAUAUGCAGGCCCCAACAACUAUAUCAUCGAAUGCCACAACGGCCGAGACAAAGACGUCCUGAUUCACCGUAUCAAACAUCGCGAUGGCCAAGUACAUCAUGAUUUCAAUUCUGGCAUCUUUUACGGCGUCUCAGCUAGUGUGCCAGGCCUAGGGGGCGACGAGAUAAGAAACAUGGCAGGCGUCAAGGACGUGUGGCCGGUGCAGGUAUUCAGACAUGAGGCCAAAGAGAAUAGUUUGAAGCCUCGAGCGGCCCCAAAGAGGCAGCCGUAUCGACGUGCCGUCGACACUUCGUGGAAUCAUGCCAUGACGCAGGUGGACAUGCUCCAUUCCGAGGGCUUCUACGGCACAAACAUUACCAUUGCCAUCAUAGAUUCUGGUACGGGGCGGCAGGUCAACUACACACAUCCGGCCUUGGGUGGCUGCUUCGGUCGUGGCUGCCGAGUCGCUCGCGGAGCCAAUUUCGUCCGGAACGAGGGAAAGUAUGGUGAUCCCAUGGAUCAAAAUGGUCAUGGAACUGCUGUUGCUGGCGUGCUGGCCGGGAACGAUCCUCGGAGAAACUUUGUGGGCGUGGCUCCCGGCGCGACACUUGCCGCAUAUCGAGUUGUGGAUUCCAAGGGGUACGCCAGAGAAGACGAUUUGAUAGCAGGCUGGCUUAAAGCAGUGGAAGACGGAGCACAGAUUAUCGCUUCCUCGGCUGGUUUUGACGGAUCCGGCUGGGCACAGUGUCCCAUGGCAGCUGUUGUGGCGCGCAUCGCCGCAAGUGGCAUACCUUGCAUCGUGGGCAAUGGUAAUGAUUCUAAGAAGGGCCUCUUCUUUUCUCUAGAUCCCUCGACUGGCCGAAAUGUGCUGGCAGUCAACUCAUUUGCCCACCGGAUGGUGUCUUCGGCCGGUGGUAGUCGUGCCGUCACGGCGGGCAUGUCGUGGCUUUCUGCCUCUGGGCCGACCUGGGAACUGGAUAUCAAGCCCAAUGUCGGCGUACCCGGCGAUGAAAUACCUUGUCCGCAAAUCGACGGCAGCUAUGACAAUUGCUCCGGCACAUCCUUUGCUGGACCACAAGUUGCGGGCAUGGCGGCUCUCAUUGCCGAGCGCCGGGAGGAUUUCGAUCCGGGGCACCUGAUGAGUCUUCUCAUGACCACGGCCGCGGUCCAAAAAGAUGGCCAUUUCAUUCCCGUAGUCCACCUUGCCUUUAACGAUACAGACCACCGGGCUCAGUCCAUCACCAUUCGAGUCACUAAUAAAGCUCGGUUUGAGGUUACGUAUCAGCUCUCGAUUCUUCCUGCGGUCACUAUUUACGCUCGCAGGCUACCGAGAGACUUUAAAAAUCCAGAGUAUAUCCAAGCUCCUGCGUCUAUUGACAUGAGCAAGACUUUUCUUAAGCUAGUCGCCAACCAGUCAGAUACUAUUACAAUCUCGGCUAAAGAUCCCAAGGGCCUUGAAGCCGACCGCUUGCCGGUAUGGUCUGGCUGGGUCGCUAUCAAUAGUUCUGAUGGCAAGACACUGACUGUGCCAUAUAUGGGCCUUGCGGGCUCGUUACACAAGCAACAAGUUCUUGAGUCUGAUGGGGUCAGCUUGCAAGGCUUCAACCACGAUAUGCAUAAUGCAGACAGUAAUCGUGGUGCAAAAUUCAGCUAUACUGUCAAGAAGGGCUUCACAACACUUUCAGCCUCUAUCAUUAUUAACCUAAUUCUCGGAAGCCGUGUAUAUGUCGAGGCUGUUCCCCUAUCGCCUCGAAAAUGGAUGACUGACCGCCUAGGCAAGAGCCGAGGUUUUCCGAUCAAGGGUUACUCUCCAAGAGCACUCCAGAGGUAUACCGGCAUUGGGCUAUACGACAAAGAAUGGGACGGUCAAAUUCAGUCCGGUGAUUACCUCCCACCAGGCGACUAUCAACUGGUAGUGCGCGCCCUGAGGGUUUUUGGAGAUCCUACUAUGGAAGCCGACUGGGAUGCGGCUGAACCACUCCCAUUUCAAGUUAUGAGUGGCGCGGGCCAGGAAGCAUGCAAGGCGUACCAGUCUGGAAAGGGGCCCAAGGACGCUCUAUUUCGAAAUCUACAAGAAUGCCAUCAGGUUCACAACAAGACGGCAGUGGACGCUCCCUGGAUCCCUCGCCCUCAGGAUAGUAGCAAGUGUGAUGAUGAUAAUCCAACGGAAGAGGACUGCGGCACUUACCACUACUGCAAAGCGCAUCAAGAACGACUUGAUGACAUUAUAUCCCCUUUCAGGAACAAAUAUGAGUGCGUGCAUAGCCAUAAAUUGCUGCCCAAAGUACCGCUUGACCCCCUCAGGUUGCCUGAGUGCCAAACGACUAGGGACCCUAAUAUUUGUGGCUCGCAGGUUUGGUGUAUAGUCAUUUUUCAAACCGGAGGGCCUGCACAUGGAUGGAGCAACAGUGAGGAGUGUCAAUGGGCUCACGGAAGUAUGUUGGCCUGA